AUGAGGUUUACAAUACGACAUUGCAUAUAUGUUUUGUUAUUGGUUUGUACGAUAGUUGAUGUUCGUGGACAAGAAUGCAGUCAUUAUUUUGAAGAUGGUGGUGUAUGUGUUAAUUACAUAUCACGUAUCGAUUAUGUGUCCCAUGAAAAUGGACAGGACGUCUCAAGCAUUGAACUUUCCCUUAAAAAUCUUAGUAUAGCCCAAGGUUUAUCAACGCUAGAUAAUGAUACCAUCCUUGACAGUUGUGUACAAGCUUUCACAAGUUUUGUAUGCGCUACUGCAUUUAUAAAAUGUAAAGUGACUGACUCCAAUACCGUUUUGGACCUUCCUUGUCAGUCCACAUGUACAAAAGUUUUGGAUCCCUGUGUAAAUAAUAUUGAUAGCGCAUCACCGGAUACUCAAAAUAUUAUUAAAACGUACAUUCAAUCAUCAAAGUACUUCCCUCAAGAUUGUAAUGGUGAUAUUGGUACAUCGCCACCAUUAGAUAUCAAGUAUCCAAAAGAAGAAUGUAAUAGUUCUCCACAGAUUUCUUUUAGACCAAAAUGUUUCAGUCCUCUUAUUGAGGAUCAUGUUUGGGUUGAAUCUAAUAAAAGCAAAACUAUAGUUACAAAUCUUUGUCGAAAUGGUUGCUGUCUUCCUUGUCCUCAAUCCUACGCUUUAUAUCCAGAAGAUAAGAUGGAAAGUAGUUUCUUGAUAACACAAAUAUUAAGAGCCAUUUCAGCUGUUGGAUCAGCGGUUAUGUUAAUUUCAUAUCUAGUUUUACCAGGAAAAAGAAAUCAUCCUAGUAUAUUGAUCCUUUUUGCUUCUUUAUCAAUUUUCUUGUAUUCUUCCAAUGUGUUUUUUUCAAUUGGAAACCCAAAAGCGGUUCAAUGCGAAAAUGAAGUGAUUGCUAGCACUCAAGCAAAUAAGCCGUUCUUAUGUGGCUUUCAAGGAGCUUUACUUAUUUUUGCUUCACAUGCAACUACUUUGUGGGUUGGAGUUAUAAUUCUUAACCUUCACAUCCAUACCGUAUGGAAUUCAAAUAUAUUGAGCAAUAGAUACUAUUAUAUUUACGCUAUAUGCUGGGGAAUUCCAUUAAUAUUAACCGUAGUAGCACUAGCAAGACAAUCAAUUAUUUAUCAAUUUGCUACGCUUUGUUUUAUCAGAGUUGAAAUGGCUAAUAAUAUAUUCUUUUAUCCUAUGGCCAUUUUUGUUAUUCCGAACGAAGUCAAAAAUUCGGAUGAAUUGAUGACACAUCGUCGUCAUGUAUUACAAGCAAUUAGGAUUCAAUGGAGGGCACUUUUAUUAGCCAUUAUAUUAUUAACUACAGUAAUAUUCUAUUGGUUAUUUUAUUUCCUUGAAUUAACUACCAUAUCUAAUGGUGCAAAAAAUGAAGAUUUUUUAAAAGAAUGGUUACCUUGUAUUCAAUCAGGCAAAGGACAAACCUUUUGUGCAAAUAAUAUUGCGAGCAAAUAUAUGCCUCGAUUUGAUUUAAUGUUUGCAGCUGAAACGUUAACUAGUUUGACCGGCAUUUACUUAAUUGCUAUAUUUUUUAAUAAUGCUUUAUGGCGAGAAUGGAAGAAUUGGUUCAGCGAUAAAUUCGUUUCAAGUCGUAAACUUGAAAAUUCUAAUCCAGAUCAAUUUCUUGCUUUAUAA